AUGUGUGGCAUUUUCGGCUAUAUCAAUUACCUUGUCGAGAGAGAUCGUAAAUACAUCAUUGAUACCUUGCUCAAUGGACUCUCCAGACUCGAAUACCGCGGUUACGACUCGGCAGGCUUUGCGGUGGAUGGUGACAAAAAGAAUGAAGUUUGCGCCUUCAAGGAAGUUGGUAAGGUCGCGAAACUGAAGGAGCUCAUUGAGGAAUCCAAGCCCGACAUGACGAAGACUUUCGAGUCCCACGCUGGGAUUGCUCACACACGCUGGGCUACUCACGGGACACCCUCUCGCCAGAAUUGCCACCCUCACCGGUCUGACCCAAACUGGGAAUUCGCAGUUGUUCACAACGGCAUCAUAACGAACUACAAGGAACUUAAAGCUCUGCUAGAGAGCAAGGGGUUCCGGUUUGAGACUGAAACUGACACGGAAUGUAUUGCGAAGCUUGCGAAAUACUUGUACGACCAGCAGCCCGACAUUGAGUUCACAGUCCUCGCCAAGGCUGUUGUGAAAGAGCUCGCGGGUGCUUUUGGUCUCCUCAUUAAGUCUGUCCAUUACCCUCAUGAGGUAAUUGCGGCUCGCAAGGGCUCUCCGCUUGUCAUCGGCGUGAGGACAUCAAAGAAGAUGAAAGUGGACUUCGUCGAUGUGGAGUACUCGGAAGAUGGACCUCUUCCCGCUGAGCAGGCUUCUCAGAACGUAGCUAUCAAGAAGUCCGCUACCGGGCUUCUGGCUCCACCUGAUAAAUCCCUCCUGCACCGGUCGCAGUCGCGUGCGUUUCUUUCAGAUGAUGGCAUCCCCCAGCCAGCAGAGUUUUUCCUGUCUUCUGAUCCCUCUGCGAUCGUUGAGCACACGAAGAAAGUGCUUUAUCUCGAAGAUGACGAUAUCGCCCAUGUCCAUGAGGGCCAGCUGAAUAUCCACCGUCUUACAAAGGAUGAUGGUACCUCGAACGUGCGCGCUAUCCAAACCAUUGAGCUGGAGCUUCAGGAAAUAAUGAAGGGCAAAUUCGACCAUUUCAUGCAGAAGGAAAUUUUUGAACAGCCCGAGUCAGUUGUCAAUACCAUGAGAGGUCGAUUAGAUGUUGCAAACAAGCAAGUCACACUUGGGGGGCUCCGGCAGUAUAUUUCCACUAUUCGUCGCUGCAGGCGAAUCAUUUUCAUUGCUUGUGGAACCAGCUAUCAUUCAUGCAUGGCCGUACGUGGUGUCUUUGAAGAGCUCACUGAAAUCCCAAUAUCAGUUGAACUUGCCUCGGACUUCUUGGACAGGCAGGCGCCUGUUUUCCGGGACGAUACUUGCGUUUUCGUCUCCCAAUCGGGUGAGACUGCCGAUUCACUCUUGGCUCUUCGCUAUUGCCUUGAACGAGGAGCAUUGACUGUCGGCAUUGUCAACGUCGUGGGAUCUUCCAUUUCUCUCUUGACCCACUGUGGUGUGCAUAUCAAUGCUGGUCCUGAAAUUGGCGUUGCUUCCACCAAGGCCUAUACGUCCCAAUUCGUUGCCAUGGUCAUGUUCGCUCUCUCUCUGAGCGAGGAUCGCGCUUCGAAGCAAAAGCGACGGGAGGAAAUCAUGGACGGUCUUUCGAAAAUCUCUGGACAGUUCAGAGAGAUACUGAAAUUGAACGAACCCAUCAAACAGAUGUGCGCGAAAUUCUUCAAGGACCAAAAGAGUUUACUUCUUUUGGGCAGAGGCAGUCAAUUCCCCACGGCUCUCGAAGGAGCGCUCAAAAUCAAGGAAAUAUCCUAUCUUCAUUGUGAGGCCGUCAUGUCGGGUGAAUUGAAACAUGGCGUCCUUGCUUUGGUCGAUGAGAAUCUGCCCAUCAUCAUGAUUCUUACGAGGGACAAUAUUUUCUCAAAAUCUCUGAAUGCUUAUCAACAGGUGAUUGCUCGCGGUGGUCGUCCCAUUGUGAUUUGUAACCAUGACGACCCAGAGUUCUCUUCCGCCCAGACCGAAAAGAUUGAGGUCCCAAAGACCGUCGACUGUCUACAGGGACUUCUCAACGUUAUUCCACUGCAGCUUAUUGCCUAUUGGCUUGCUGUUGGAGAGGGACUCAACGUUGAUUUCCCACGCAACCUCGCAAAAUCGGUCACUGUUGGCUCUGGACUUCGCGUUGCCAUAAUUCAUGCCAGAUGGAACAUGGCAAUAAUCCAGCCUCUCGUGGAAGGGGCGAAAAAAAGCCUUUUGGCGGCCGGAGUAUUUGAAGAGGAUAUCACUAUUGAGACAGUGCCCGGCAGUUACGAAUUACCCUUUGCUGCUCAGCGGAUGUACACGGCCUCGCAGCUCCAGGCUGCCAAAGGAUCAUCAUCCGCAGGAGGGAUCAGUGCUACGGAUUUAUUAUCGUCCUCUACUGCAGACCUGAGUAAGACAUCGCCAACUUCGACUGCAUCUAAGCCUUUUGAUGCCAUUAUUGCUAUCGGUGUCCUCAUCAAGGGAGAGACAAUGCAUUUUGAGUACAUUGCGGAUGCGGUGUCUCAUGGGUUGAUGCGUGUCCAACUUGAUACUGGCGUGCCAGUAAUUUUCGGAGUGCUCACUGUUCUGACGGAAGAACAAGGCCUGGAAAGAGCGGGUCUUGGCAAGAAGGGAAUGCAUAAUCAUGGCGAGGAUUGGGGUAAAGCCGCCGUGGAACUUGGUUUGAAGAGAAGAGACUGGGUAGAAGGAAAAAUCGUUUAG